GUCUGCCCUCACUCUCAUCCACGGUUGAAACUCACAAUCCUGAAUCUAACGGAUGACAUUUAUUCAACUCUUUAUAAGAAUCUGUGUUCUGUUCACUCAGCUAGACAAACCCUCGUCGACUCUCUUUAGGGUUUUACACUCCCCAGUCCCCAUUUCUGGUCACAGAGCUCAGCAACAGUCCCAAUAGAUCAUCACCUAAGGUUAAUCCCCAAUGGCUUUCUUGAGAAAAGCUGGUAGUAUUUUAGGAAGGAGCGUGAGCAAUCACAUGGGCAGCUUGGAUAUUUCUAUAUCCAAGCCCUCCAUAUUUCAAGCGGUGAGGUGGAUGUCAUCUUCAAAAGUCUUUGUUGGAGGAAUGUCGUAUUCCACGGAUGAAACGAGUCUCAGAGAGGCUUUCAGUAGGCAUGGUGAAGUUAUGGAAGCAAGGGUUAUUGUGGAUCGUGAAUCAGGUAGGUCAAGAGGAUUUGGUUUUGUUACAUUUAAUUCUCCUGAGGAGGCAUCUGCAGCCAUUCAGGCUAUGGAUCAACAGGAACUUCACGGCCGUCAGAUAAGAGUUAAUUACGCUAACGACAGGACGCGUGGCUAUGGCGGUGGCGGCGGCUAUGGUGGCGGUGGCGGCGGCGGCUAUGGUGGUGGUGGCGGCGGGUAUGGUGGUGGUGGCGGUGGCUAUAACCGAGGCUAUGGCGGCGGUGGUUACGGCAAUGAUGGCGGGAAUUAUAAUUCCGCCGGUGGUUAUGGUGGGGAUUAUAAUUCCGGUGGUGGUGGGAAUUAUAAUUCUGGUGGAUCGAAUUAUAACUCGGGUGUCGAUAAUUAUGGAGGUUCAGGUGGGACCAAUGAAGGCUAUGAUCGACAGAAUUUUGGCGGGAAAGACUUUUUUAGCGCCAGCAGCAGCUCGACUGGGGUUGGAGAUGGCUUGGACAAGAACAACAAGGAAUUUGGUUUUGGAGAGGAUGAAGGGAAUAAUAAUAUUAACUUUGGAGAUGGUGAUGACGUGGAUAACUUUGCUGAUCGGAGGAAUUGAUGGAUCGGACAUACCAAAACUCAACUCUCUUGCAGACUAUCUCAACUCCUCUUUUUUAUUGUUUGCUACAGUCAUUUCAGGACUUGCUUGAAUUGCCCUGUUUUUUGGUUGUUGAUUGCUCCUCUUGACAUUAGACCAUUUUCAACUAUGGUUUGGUUGGUUUUUCGAGAUGUCCGAGUUCAAUAAUGAUGUUUAGUAUGCAUCAUUGACCUUUGUUUUGAAAUGUUCAGUUUCUAUUUGUAGUAUGCAUCAUUUAUGGUGGUUUUGAAAUGCUUUAGUUCCUGUCUUUUAGGUGUUCUUUUUGUUAAUUAGAGUAUGUUCGAAGGAUUUGUUUGAAAAGGUGGCUCAUGGUAGCUAACUUAUAAGAUUUUUAGGAUGAUAGUUGAAAACUGAUGAUUAAUAAAC